UUGUCGUCUUCCUCCACACAUCGCUAUAGUCAUCGUCAUCGUCACCCGUCAACUCUUCCCACGUACUCGGACAGACACAAAGCAGAAAAAAAAGGGUCCUCUUUUGUCUCGCCAUUCAAGGCCUCUGCACCCGCGUUCUCGGCUCAGUCCAUAAGAACGGUACGCCAUUCGCACACCACAACACCUGCUCGUCUUUCUCUCUUCUGGGUGUUACGCGUUUCGUCCAAAAGGAGUGGCGGAGAGCGAUGGCUGGUGGGGAUGGCGAGGGAGUGAGGAACAAGCAAGUGAUAUUCAGGGGCUACGUGAGUGGUUCCCCCGAGGAGACGGACAUGGAGGUGCGCGAAUCCACCGUGGAAUUGCGAGUCCCGGAGGGCUCCAGUGGCGUUCUCGUGAAAAAUCUCUACUUGUCCUGCGAUCCUUACAUGAGGAUUCGCAUGAGGAAGCUCUAUAUCCCCGGUUACCGCGAUUCCUUCGAACCUGGUUCGCCUAUUGCUGGAUAUGGAGUAGCUAGAGUUUUGGAAUCUGGUCAUCCAAAUUUCCAGAAAGGCAACUUGGUUUGGGGCAUCACUGGAUGGGAGGAGUAUAGUCUAAUUACUGUACCAGAGACUUGCUUUAAGAUUGAACACACCGAUGUUCCUCUGUCUUACUAUACCGGCCUUUUCGGUAUGCCAGGCAUGACGGCUUAUGCCGGGUUUUUCGAGGUAUGCUCUCCUAAGAAAGGAGAGACUGUUUUCAUAUCGGCAGCAUCGGGAGCCGUUGGUCAGCUUGUUGGCCAGUUUGCAAAGUUGUUGGGUUGUUAUGUUGUUGGCAGCGCUGGUAGCAAAGAGAAGGUUGAUUUGCUGAAGAACAAGUUUGGUUUUGAUAAUGCUUUCAACUACAAGGAGGAACCGGAUCUGGAUGCAGCACUGAAAAGAUGCUUCCCUAAAGGUAUCGAUAUCUACUUUGAAAAUGUCGGCGGAAAGAUGCUUGAUGCAGUGCUGCUCAACAUGAAACUUAAUGGCCGAAUUGCAAUUUGUGGAAUGAUCUCACAGUACAACCUCGAGCAGCCUGAAGGUGUACACAAUUUGAUGAGCCUUAUCCUGAAGCGGGCUCGAAUGGAAGGUUUCAUAGUGUCCGAUUAUUAUCAUCUCUAUCCGAAGUUCCUGGAGACGGUGUUGCCUCAGAUCAAAGAGGGGAAGAUUGUGUACGUGGAAGACAUCGCCGAAGGGCUCGAGAAUGGUCCGGCUGCUCUUGUCGGGCUGUUCUCCAGUCGCAAUGUCGGGAAACAAGUGGUCGUGGUUUCUCGCGAAUGAGUUAGCUUUCUGUUCUUCUUCAUCGGCAUAGUCUCUUUUUGCCUCGUGCUUUGGAAAGGAGUUGUUUUCCUUUUGUCUUUGCCCUGCCGUUCUGUCAUGCGGGAACAUAGAGCGGUUUCUUUGGUUUGGUGAUGGUGCAAAGGACA